AUGCUCAGUCCUGUUCCAGGCACACCACGCGGACAAAGUCCAGCACCGGGUUCAAAUCGAAACAAGUCAGCUGAGCGUCCGGCUCCUUCACCCAGCCGACUGACCAAAAAGACCACACCACAGACGCCAUCGAUUGCGUCUGAAAGCACGAACCGUACGAUCAGAGCAGGAUCGCAUGUUCGAAACAGCCCGUCCACUGAAAUAGCUGGUCUAUCACCGGAGCAACAUCUCGAGAAAGGCAUAGAGUGCCACUCGUCAGGCUCCCUCAGCAAAUCGACGUAUCAUCUUCGCUUGGCUGCGCGGGCAGGGCUUCCGACAGCGAUGCUGUUAUAUGCUCUCGCGUGCAGACACGGGUGGGGUAUGCGUCCCAACCAAGCCGAAGGUGUAUCGUGGCUUAGACGCGCGGUCGAUUCAGCUGGAGUGGAAUUCAUCGAGGACACCAGCAGCGACACUUCAGGUGCAGUUUCCAAGGAACAAAAGGCACGCAAAGCCCAGUUCGCACUUGCCAUCUAUGAGCUUGGCAUGUCAUACAUGAACGGGUGGGGCAUUCCAAAGGACAAGCCACUUGCGGUCAGAUGUUUCGAGAUCGCUGGAAGUUGGGGCGACACGGACGCUCUUGCCGAAGCAGGAUUUUGUUACACUCAAGGCGUUGGAUGCAGGAAGGACCUGAAGAAGGCCGCAGAGUUUUACCGCCAGGCUGCGGACAAGGGUAUGAGCAUGGCGGGUAACAGCUGGUAUGUCUUCUUUCUUACAACAUAUGUCAAGUGUACUCGAUACUAA